AUGGAGGUACACAUUGAAUGGCUUAGAACUGAGAAAGCAACCAGCUACCUUGAAAUCCAUGGAUCAGAAAGAAGAGGAAUCAGAAUGACAAAGUCAAACUAUGACAACCUUUGUGCCACACACAAAAAGAAAUUGUGGGCCACAAGGUAUAGAAAUGUUAUAACCUUUGAAGCACUAGACAGACCCAACUUACCCGUAAGAUGGUCUCAAAAUUUCAAAAAACUAUUGAUGGGGGAGAAGAUUCCACCUCAGGCUGAUCUACAUUCUUGGAAUGAAACUGCCAAACGGGCUUUCUUGCAAGUUGCUGCAAAUAGAAAAGGCAUAUUUUUUGAUGGUCCAAAAAAUGAACAGAGAUCUGAAAUAUUAUGA